AUGUGUGACAGAAUGAAAGCAUGCCUGUUCAUCAAGGACGGGUGUUUAUUCAGGAACUGGCCUGUGGAAUACCGUUGGGACGAAUUCAAGAGUAGCAGCAGCAGCAACGUCGGCGGUGGCAGCUCCACCCUCAAUAGCCCUCUGAGAUCACGGUCGGCCGACAAUCCAGGAGAGCCAAGCCCGACCCAAACUAGCAUCCUCCAUGGCAUGAAGCAGGCCUCCAGCAAACUAGCCAGGUAUGCCAUCGCCCACUCUCUUGGCCGCUGGCUGCUGUACCCGGGCUCCGUUUGGCUCCUGAACAAAAUCCCUCUUUCCUUCCUUGUGAAGGGCCGGACUCGCCUCAUGGAGGAUUUUCAUGGGAAACGAGCCAAACUCAUCGCCCGGGACGGAAAUGAGAUUGACACCAUGUUUGUAGACAGAAGGAACAAGAAAGAUCCCCGGCAGCAUGGCAGGCAGUUGGUGAUUUGCUGCGAAGGGAACGGCAGCUUUUACGAAAUUGGCUGCCUUUUUACCCCCUUGAGAGCCGGGUAUUCUGUCCUGGGGUGGAAUCAUCCGGGUUUUGCUAGGAGCACCGGGAAACCCUACCCGAAGAACGACAUCAACGCCAUGGAAGUGGUGCUCCAGUAUGCUGUCCAUCGCCUGAAUUUUAGACUGCCGGACAUCACCAUCUAUGGCUAUUCCUUGGGCAGCUACACGGCCACAUGGGCUGCCAUGAGCUACCCCGAACUGGGCGCCUUGAUCCUGGACGCCUCCUUUGACGGACUGAUCCCGCUGGCGAUGAGGAUGAUCGACAAGAGGUGGAAGAAGCUGGUGCUGAAGACGGUGACGGAGCACUUCAACCUCAACGUGGUCGACCAGCUGUGCAAAUACCCGGGGCCUGUCCUGCUGAUCCGGAGGACCCUCGACGAAAUCACCAGCACCCAGUUUAGCACGGAGAAGCGCAUUCCCAUUGUCAAGAGCAACCGAGCCAACCAGCUGCUACUGCAGCUCUUGAAGACCCGCUAUCCUGAGAUCCUCUCCGGGACGGAAGAAGUGCUGCACCAUUGGCUCUCGGUGGACAGCCUCCCGUUGGAAUCACUUAUCUACCACUACCUGUACAAGGUGGAUGAAGACUGGUGCCUCCAGAAGCUCCAGAGCUACCGAGCGAGUCUUGGCCCGAAGGCCGAUUUCCCGUGGAGACUUGGGAAAGGCCUCCCUUGCAGGCAGAAGCAACAGCUGGCCCUGUUCCUGGCCAAGAAGCACAUGAAGAACGUGGUGACCACGCAUGGGAGAACUUUGCCGGCUGAGGAGUUUCAGUUGCCCUGGAAGCUCUAG